CAACAGCAAAACCACUCAUCACAUACCAUAAAAAAUUAAAAAGAAAUAAAAAAAAAGGAAAGGAAGAUGUUACUACUGAACCAGAAGAAGAUUCCACUCCACCAAACUACUUGCAGUUGCAUUCAAGCUUAAGGAACCGACACACCUGUCGGCAACCCCAACACUAAGCAAGAGAAAGGAAAAACACUUCACUCCAAUUCCAAACCUGUUGCUGAAACCCCAAAAAAACUUAGCAACAUUCUAUGUUUCUGUUCAGAGGAAAAAAGAAAAAAAAGAUAGCGUUGUUGUGUUGAGUUGAAACCGAUUCAGCUCAAGACUCAGGUCAAUCCAAAUACACAUUUAGAAGUUUCAAUUCAAUUUUUCAACUCAAUGAUGGUCCAAGAGCGUUCACUUCCCAAAUCAGUGAACCCGAAGCCCCACACGCGAACGGCGGCACUGGCCUCCACGAAGAGCCUCGAUUUCUCCGCAUGGGUCUCCGACAACCUCGUCAGGAUCGUGGCGGUGCUUCUCCUGGUGGCCACCGUCGCCGCCUUGUUCUUCCUCCGCAACGUCGGCGACACCGCCGCGCUGCUCUGCUUCGAGAACCAGGCGCGGGAGCUCGAGAGGAUCGCGUACCCGCGCGUGGACUGGUCCGCUAUCGCGCCGAUCGCAGACAAGACCUCGAAGUUCUCGAGCUUCCGGUCGGAGAAAUGGAUCGUGGUGUCGGUGUCGGGUUACCCGAGCGAGGCGCUCCGGCGCCUUGUGAAGAUGAAGGGGUGGCAGGUGGUUGCGGUUGGAGGGUCCAAUACGCCGUCGGAUUGGACCCUCAAAGGUGCGAUCUUUUUGUCCCUGGAGGAACAGGUCAAUUUAGGGUUUAGGGUUGUGGAUUACCUUCCUUAUGAUUCGUUUGUUAGGAAGAGUGUGGGGUAUUUGUUUGCGAUUCAGCACGGUGCUAAGAAGAUUUUUGAUGCUGAUGAUAGAGGGGAGGUGAUAGAUGAUGAUUUGGGGAAGCAUUUUGAUGUGGAGUUGGUAGGGGAAGGUGCUAGGCAAGAGGUUUUGCUGCAGUAUAGUCAUGAUAACCCGAAUCGAACCGUCGUGAACCCUUAUGUGCAUUUUGGGCAGCGUUCGGUUUGGCCCAGAGGGUUGCCCUUGGAGAAGGUGGGGGAGAUUGGGCAUGAGGAGUUUUACACUCAGGUUUUUGGAGGGAUGCAGUUCAUUCAGCAGGGGAUUUCCAAUGGCCUGCCGGAUGUUGAUUCGGUAUUUUAUUUUACUAGGAAGUCGGUGUUGGAGACGUUUGAUAUCCGGUUUGAUGAGCAUGCACCGAAGGUGGCGCUGCCACAGGGCAUGAUGGUGCCGGUUAAUUCGUUUAACACGAUGUACCAUUCGUCUGCGUUUUGGGCCUUGAUGCUCCCGGUGUCGGUCAGCACGAUGGCGUCCGAUGUGUUGAGAGGUUACUGGGGGCAGAGGCUGCUUUGGGAGGUUGGUGGGUAUGUUGUGGUUUACCCUCCAACUGUGCAUAGGUAUGAUAGGAUUGAGGCAUAUCCAUUUUCGGAGGAGAAGGAUCUUCAUGUGAAUGUUGGAAGGUUGAUUAAUUAUUUGAUUUCAUGGCGAUCGGAUAAGCAUAGGUUGUUUGAGAAGAUAUUGGAUUUGAGCUUUGCAAUGGCGGAGGAGGGGUUUUGGACUGAGAAGGAUGUGAAGCUUACUGCUGCUUGGCUGCAGGAUUUGUUGGCUGUUGGCUAUCAGCAGCCGAGGUUGAUGUCGUUGGAGUUGGGACGUCCGAGGGCAAAUAUUGGUCAUGGGGAUCAGAAAGAGUUUGUUCCACAAAAGUUGCCAUCGGUGCAUCUUGGUGUUGAAGAAACGGGAACAGUGAAUUAUGAGAUUUCUAAUUUAAUCCGGUGGAGGAAAACUUUUGGAAAUGUUGUGCUUAUCAUGCAUUGCAAUGGGCCAGUGGAACGAACUGCUCUUGAAUGGAGGUUGCUUUAUGGGAGGAUAUUCAGAUCUGUAGUUAUUUUGUCCGAAAAGAAGGAUGUUGAUCUUGUUGUAGGGGAGGGCCAUUUGGACUAUGCAUACAGGUACCUGCCCAAAAUUUUUGAUCAAUUUAGCAGUGCAGAAGGAUUUUUGUUCGUUCAGGAUAAUACCAUUCUUAAUUACUGGAACUUACUACAAGCAGAUAAAACUAAACUUUGGAUCACUAAUAAGGUAUCGGAGUCAUGGUCUUCUAUAUUAACAAAUGGUGAGGACUCAGAUUGGUUAUCACAACAAGCAAGAAUGGUACAAAAGGUUGUUAGCAUGAUGCCAGCCCACUUUCAAGUCAGUUACAAAGAAACAAGUGACAAUGACAAGAACCUCCUAAUAUGCAGUUCUGAGUUGUUCUAUGUUCCUCAGCGCCUUAUCAGCGAUUUUGUUGAGCUUGUUAACCUUGUGGGGGACCUAGAAAUCCAUCAGAAGGUUGCAAUUCCUAUGUUCUUUGUCUCCCUAGAUUCUCCUCAGAAUUUUGACCCCGUUCUUGAUAGAAUGAUCUACAAGCAAAAUCCCCCUGCAAAUUCCACCACUCUUUAUUCUGCCAAAGUCCCUGCUGUUCAUCCAUUGAGUGUAUCAAGUGAGCAAGACUUUAUAAAGCUUAUCAGAAUAAUGGCAGAAGGGGAUCCACUCCUCAUGGAGUUAGUUUGAAAGUAGAACUCUUUCUUCUUGAUAAUACCUACAUGACGAGAGAGGAUGCAAGAAACAUGUAACACUCAGAUAGCGCUCCUACAUGGUCUCUUAAUCAAAAACAGUGUUACAGUCUUUUUUGUUUCUUGGGUGGUUUUUUAACCCUUCUCUUUCCCCCUCCCCUUUAUUGUGCAGAUUUGUUCCACAGAAAAUGUAUCAUUCCUGAUUUUUUGCCCCUUCUUUUUUUGUGAAAAAUGAAAUGAAAAUGUAUUUGUAUUCAAUAUUGCAAUUCAAGCUCUCCAUUAAGAGAUUCUUUUUUGUGAUCAA